GACUUUGUCAACUAGGUUGAAAGGGGUAUUAAUUUUGCAAGCGUUUCAAAGGCUCUUUGGUCUUUUCAUCCCAAACCCAGCCACAGACCCACCCAGCCGCGCGGACUUCCGCACCGUGCGCCUCUGUUAGCACGUCUCAGACUCUGGAGCUGCUAUCGUGCGCACAUCGAAUCUAAACACCCCCCAUCUCAGACUGUGAAACUGUUUGGAUUGAAUUAAUCAGGUGCCUCCACUUACAACAAGGCAAAUAGGAAUUGAAUUGAAAUAAUCAGGGGCCUCCGUUUGAUGCAGUACAUACGGAGACGGGCAAAAUCUCCGAUCACCUCUGCAACAAAAGUUAAGAAUCUUGAGGUUUCUGGUGCAAGAUGGUGAACGCUGUUAAAGGACUGUUCAUCUCUUGUGACAUACCUAUGGCGCAAUUCAUCAUCAAUUACGACAAUUCACUGCCAGCUUCACAGAGGUUCAUAAUACAUGUCUUGGAUAGCACUCACCUUUUUGUGCAGCCCCAUGCUGCCGAGAUGAUAAGAAGCGCCAUUGCAGAAUUUAGAGACCAGAAUUCAUAUGAGAAGCCUACUUGAAUAAUUUGGAGACCAAAUGUUUGAAUCAUAUCAUGGCUUACAAGCUUUACUCCAGCACUUUGUCGACUGAAGCUCUUAGUUAAUAGGAAUCCCAGCUCCCUCUAAGAGAAAUUAUAUUACCUUGUAGUCGGAAGACAUGGAAGUUUGAAUGAUACCAUGCUUUGUAUUAAAUGUAGUGAACCGUGUUUCGAUUGCGAUAAUAAAAUUUUGGUUGAUCCUCUGUUUGCUGA